AUGUCGCGCGUGCGCGAGGGCGAGAUCGAGAUUCCGAGCGCGAAGCAUAAAGAGUUCACCUUGGUCAUGAUUCGCGACUACGCCGAGGACAAGAUACUUCUGGGCGAGAAGCUCCGUGGGUUCGGAAGCGGGUACUUUAAUGGAUUCGGAGGAAAGAUUGAACCCGGAGAGACGAUCGAGGCGGCGGCGCAGCGAGAGUUGAAGGAGGAGGCGAACAUCGAGGCGACGGACAUGACGGCUCGAGGAUGCCUUCGGUUCAUAUUCGACGAUAAUCCGACGCCGUGGUUGGUACACGUGUUCCACGCGAGCGCGUACACGGGGGAUAUCGCGGCGUCCGAUGAGAUGCGACCGGUGUGGUACAAGCUGAACCCCAGUGAAGUCCCCUUUGAGCGCAUGUGGGCGGAUGAUCCGCACUGGUGGCCGUAUUUGCUCGCGGAGAAGAAGUUCGUGGGGACGUUUCUGUUCACGAACACCACCGAGCUCGUAAAGUUUUGGAUUCGCGAGACCGAUGAUUUAUCCACGAUUUAA